AUGGAUACACCAAAUGUUCCCAUCAACUUCGUCCCCGCGGCGUCAGGCGAGACGUUCAAAGUUGGAACGAUCACUAUCCGAAUCAUGGAGGACGGGUCGAGAACAGACAACCGUAUAGGGUCAGCGGAAUUCACCGUCCCACCGCACACAUCGGGCCCUCCACCGCAUUGGCAUGAAAUGCACGACGAAACCUUCCUCGUCACGAAAGGCACACUGCGCUUCCACGCACUCAACGGCGCGACCGUCGAUGCCAAACUGGGUGAUUACGUGACGGUUCCGCCGCGGAGCCCUCACACUUUCUCCAACCCGUACGACGAAGAGGCGAAGUUCUUCAACACGUACACGCCCGCGUUCUACAUCAAUUACUUCAAGUUGCUGGCUAAGUUGAGCGAGGCGGGGAAACCGAUGAAUCCCGAGGCGAACAGGAGAGCCAUGGCGUACUUUGCUACGAUUGGCGUGGCGGACGAUGAGAUGCAGAUGGACAAGGAGCAGUUCUAUGGAGACGGGACCGGGAAGACGGAAAAGGUCGACAAGUAG